CGUGGGAGCCGCGGGGCUGCGCGCGGGGGUCGCGGCGCGGGAGCCGGGCGGGGCGCGGCGAGGCGAGGCGAGGGGCCGAGGGGGCCGGGCCGACCCCGCUGCGCCGCCGUCCCGCGCGGGAUGCGGCGCUGAGGCCCAGCAUGGCCGGCCCGGGCCCCACCUUCCCGCUGCACCGGCUGGUCUGGGCGAACCGGCACCGCGAGCUGGACGCCGCGCUGCACAGCCGCCAGCACGACGUGGAGCAGGAGGACCCGCGCGGCCGCACGCCCCUGGAGCUGGCCGUGUCGCUGGGCAACCUGGAGUCGGUGCGCGUCCUGCUCCGCCACCGCGCCAACGUGGACCGCGAGAGCCGCCAGGGCUGGGCAGUCCUGCAGGAGGCCGUGAGCACCGGGGACCCCGAGAUGGUGCAGCUGGUGCUGCAGCACCGGGACUACCAGCGGGCCACGCAGAGGCUGUCCGGCAUCCCCGAGCUGCUCAGCAAGCUCCGCCAGGCUCCCGAUUUCUACGUGGAGAUGAAGUGGGAAUUUACCAGCUGGGUGCCCCUGGUGUCCAAGAUGUGCCCGAGCGACGUGUACCGGGUGUGGAAGCGGGGUGAGAGCCUGCGGGUGGACACCACCCUGCUGGGCUUCGAGCACAUGACCUGGCAGCGUGGCCGCAGGAGUUUCAUCUUCAGAGGCCAAGAGGAGGGCGCCCUGGUGAUGGAGGUGGACCACGACCAGCAGGUAGUGCACACGGAGCAGCUGUCCCUGGCGCUGCAUGAGCCCGAGGCGCUGCUGGCUGCAAUGAGACCCAGCGCCGAGCAUGUGGCCAGCCGCCUGACGUCACCCAUCGUGUCCACCCACCUGGACACCCGCAACGUGGCCUUCGAGAGGAACAAAUGUGGUAUCUGGGGAUGGCGGUCAGAGAAGAUGGAGACAGUCAGUGGCUACGAGGCCAAGGUCUACAGUGCCACCAACGUGGAGCUGGUGACACGCACACGCACGGAGCACCUCUCUGACCAAGACAAGUCGAAGAGCAAAGGGGGCAAGACUCCCUUCCAGUCCUUCCUCGGCAUCGCCCAGCAACAUUCCUCCCACAGUGGGGCCUCUGUGCAGCAGGCAGCCAGCCCCACCAACCCCACGGCCAUUUCCCCGGAUGAGUACUUCGACCCCAACUUCAGCCUGGAGUCCCGCAAUAUCGGCCGCCCCAUCGAGAUGUCCCGCAAAGUGCAGAGGUUCAAGGCCACGCUGUGGUUGAGCGAGGAGCACCCACUGUCCCUGGGGGACCAGGUGACACCCAUCAUUGACCUCAUGGCCAUCAGCAACGCACACUUCGCCAAGCUGCGGGACUUCAUCACGCUGCGCCUCCCACCCGGCUUCCCGGUCAAGAUAGAGAUCCCCCUUUUCCACGUGCUCAAUGCCCGUAUCACCUUCAGCAACCUGUGUGGCUGCGAUGAGCCACUGAGCUCCGUGUGCACUCCGGCGCCCAGCUCUGGGCUCACAGGCCAUGCGAGCCCCUUCCCCUGCGAGGUGGACCCCGCCGUGUUUGAGGUGCCGGAGGGCUACAGCGUGCUGGGUGCCGAGCGCAAUGAGCCGCUGCGGGACGAGGACGACGACCUGCUGCAGUUCGCUAUUCAGCAGAGCCUACUGGACGCAGGCACCGAGGCCGAGCAGGUGACAGUAUGGGAGGCGCUGACUAACACCCGGCCGGGCACCCACCCUGCACCCCAGCCCACUGUGUAUGAGGAGCAGCUGCAGCUGGAGCGGGCCCUCCAGGAAAGCCUACGGAUGUCCACGGAGCCCAGGGCCCCCGGCUCCCCGCAGAGGACACCCCCGCCUCCAGACCCCCCAAGCUUCGAAGAGCAGCUUCGCCUGGCCCUGGAGCUGUCUUCCCGGGAGCAGGAGGAGCGGGAGCGGCGCGGGCAGCAGGAGGAAGAGGACUUGCAGCGGAUCCUUCGGCUUUCGCUCACAGAGCACUGAACACCAAGCAGCGGCCCCCACCUGCUUUUGUAACUUAUUUAUUUAUAAACUCUGGAGCCCAGAGCCUCAGGCAGGCUUACAGUAGAGACCCCGUGGAAAUAAAGAGCCCUUCAGUGGCA